AUGUCGUCCAUAUUACUCCCACUUAUUACUCCUCCUAUUACUACUCCUAUUCAGUACAAACCCACCAUCGGACCGAGAAAAAGCGUCAGCAUCGCGAGAGGAAUGAAAACAACGUCAUCAACGAACGCUUCUUCUUCUUCUUCAUCAUCAUCAUCAUCGGCGGUGGCGGACGACGAGAAAGAAUCCAAAUUGGAAACGAAAACCGACGGCGACGAGUACGGCGACGCAAAUCGACGGACCAUUACGCCACCAAAACGCCUCAAAGAAGACGCGAGAUGGAGAAAAUGGAUCGGCAUGCCGUCUAGAAAUUGUUUGGAGUCCAUGCCGAUCAUUUGCGCGCACUGUAACCAAAAACUCACCGCGAGAGAUGUCCCCUAUGGGGUGGAUGUCUCUAGGUAUUCAUCGAGAAGAAGAAGCACUAAUGUUGAAGAUGAGAACGACCAAGAAGAAGAAGAAUCAGAGUGGGAAUCUAUGUUGCGAAGAAAAUUUGUCCAACUUUCGAGAGACGCAGAAACGGACGCGUUUCUUUUGCGAUCUUCGCGGCGACCGCGACUCGUCAACGCGCGAUUGGCGCAGGCGUGUACUCGCUUGCGCGAGAAAGAAGGCAAGUCACUGACCGAGGCGAACGCGAUCCUUGGGAGAGGAAAGAUGUUCGUUUUGAGUCGCGAGCAGGCGCGUGUUUUAGUGGGGAGGAGUUUAAUGCAUCGUCAUCGAGGCGGCGAUGAAGGUGGUGAGGGUGAUGAUGAUGACGAUAACGCCGUCCUCGACGCGGGCGCGUAUCUGGAUAUUGGUUCCGGCGAAGGCGAAGUGGCGAGUAAAUUGGGCGAAUAUUUUGGCACAGUCGUGGCAACCGAGACGAGUCCGGCGAUGGUAAAGCGGUGCGCGGAAUCGCAUAAAGAUUGGACGGUGUUGGAAACGGGAACAAUCGAGGACGUCUGGGAAAAAUUUAAGAUGCAAAAUGCAAGGGAAGAAGAGGAAGGGACGAGCACGAAGAGCGAGGCGGCGAAGAAAAAGGUGCGCGAGCUUUUAGACAAAGAAGAAAGAACAGAGACGACAGAACGCCAACAUCAAGGCCGCGGCGGCGGCGGCGGCGGCAAAUUCGAUUGCAUCGGGAUGUUCAACGUCCUCGACCGAUGCGACCGUCCCUUCACCAUGCUCUCGCACGUCCGAAAUCUUCUCAAACCGAAAACGGGACUCUUCGUCCUCGCCGUCGUCCUCCCGUUCCGCCCGUUCGUAGAGCUCGACGACGGCACGCGCCGCCAACCCUCAGAAAAACUCGACGUCGCCACCCCAACCGCCGCUUGGGAGUACGGUUGCAGAGACUUGUACGAAAACGUCCUCAAACCGAGCGGCUUUGAGAUUGAAAAAAUCUCGCGAGCGCCGUACGUCAGCGAAGGCGACCAUCUCGCCGGAGCGUACGUUUUAGACGACGUCGUCUUUGUUUUGCGAAGAAGUGCCGAUGUGUAG